AUGGCUGAGAGAAACGAUGUUGCGAUUACUGCUGCUUUGGAGGCUAUGGCUCAGGCUUUGGAAAAUCAGCCAAAUGCUGAUGAGAAUGCUGGAUCCCGCAGUUUGGCAACUUUCCAGAGGGAGAAUCCGUCGGUCUUCAAAGGCAAGCAUGACCCCGAUGGCGUGUUGGAAUGGUUGAAGGAGAUAGAGAGAAUCUUCCGCGUGAUGGACUGCACUCAGGUGCAUAUGGUUUGGUAUGGAACUCAUAUGCUGGCAGUCGAAGUUGAUAACUGGUGGCUAGAGACUCGCCAGAGAUUGGAGGUGGCAGGUGAAGAGAUCACUUGGGUUGUGUUCCGCAGAGAGUUUCUGAGGAAGUAUUAUCCUAAAGAUGUUCGGGGUAAUAAGGAGAUUGAGUUCCUUGAGCUGAAACAGGGGAAUAUGUCAAUGACAAAGUAUGCUGCAAAGUUCACUGAGUUGGCUAAGUUCUACCCGUAUUAUGAGGGAGCAGGUGUUGAGUUUUCAAAGUGCAUCAAGUUUGAGAACGGAUUGUGCUCUAAGAUCAAGAAAGUUGUUGGGUAUCAGAAGAUUUGUAUCUUUCCUGAUUUGGUUGAUAGUUGCAAGAUUUAUGAAGAAGAUCAUAAUGCACAUUGCAAAAUUGUCAAGGAUAGGAGAGGCAAGCAGAACCAUAGCACACCUUAUGAUGCUCUAGUUGGAAAAGGAAAAGCAGAAGUGGAUAAUGGAAAAAGAACUAGUGGGGGAGGAGCUCCUACUAGCGUGGUUUGCUUCAAAUGUGGAGAACCUGGUCACAAGAGUGAUGUAUGUACUGUUGGGGAGAAAAGAUGUUUCUGUUGUGGUAAGACAGGACUCGUAACUACUGAUUGUAGACAUAAGGAAGUUAUUUGUUUCAACUGUGGUGAAGAAGGGCAUAUUAGUAGCAAGUGUCAGAAACCAAAGAGGGAACCAGGCAGUGGAAAAGUAUUCGCUUUAGCUGGAACUCAGACAGCUAAUGAGGACAAGAAUGCCGGAGUGUUUCAGUUAUUAGUGAUAGCAAAUGUACAGAAAAGUCAGGAAAAAAGUCGAAGAAUCGAGGUUUUUGACAACACUGAAGGUGUCAGUGUUUGCUAUUGCUCGCUCGGCGCAUGGCUUGGAGGCGAAGCUCCGCCAGGCGAGCUGGAGGCGAGCCAGGGGCGAGGCAGCUCAUUUCUUGACCAUCUUUCUGCUUUGGAGCGCCCGGCGGAGCAUUUGGCUAGCCGGGCGAAUGAAGAUAUUUUUUGGCUCACAGUUGCGCUAUUUAAAGUAACGUGA